UAAUGAGACUCUGACCCGGAAGUACUUCUAAGUGGUACUAAACAAGAUGUGUCGUUGGCCGCUCAGUUAGCUGCUAAACUAGUCGGGAAGUUGCAGUUUUGUAAUUUGACAUUUGAUUAUUGAAUAAACCAUGCGGGUUAUCGGCUCUUUGAGCGCGAGUGUCAACGUGUCAGAGUCCAUCAGUGUGUGAUGUUUGAAUGACGCACAGUUGCCCAGGUAAAUUAGCUUAGCAUUGCUAACGCCACUGAGGCCAGAGGCUACAGCGUCUCUGCCUGGUUAACGUGGAUGUUUGUUGAAUUACUACCCGCGGUUAACUAGCACGGCGCAGGGAAUGCUGCCUUACUCGACGAGCACGAAAAUCAGUCCGUGUUAAAAAAAAAAAAACCUCAUCAGUGAAGUCGAAAGCAGGUUUUUGAUGGUGAAUCUUAGCAGGAGAUUAUAAACCGAAAAUAAAAGUGCAGUCAUGGACGAUUUCAGCUCGAUUAGCCUGUUGUCUCUUGCCAUGUUGGUGGGAUGUUACGUGGCCGGGACGAUACCUUUAGCAGUCAACUUUUCAGAGGAAAAGUUGAAGCUGAUCACUGUGCUGGGAGCUGGGCUGCUCUGUGGGACUGCGCUUGCUGUUAUCAUUCCCGAGGGAGUCCACGCACUUUAUGAAGAAAUCCUUGAAGGUGCACAUCACAGCCACGGUCAGGCCGGAUCUGUGGAUGCGUCCGAGGUGAAGGGUGAAGGAGAUGCUGCGCUCAGUGGCAGCGGGAAACACGAACACAGUCACGAACAGCUUCAUGCCUGCAUCGGAGUGUCUCUGGUCCUGGGCUUCGUCUUCAUGCUGCUGGUGGACCAGAUCGGCAGUUCUCAUGUGCACAGCACUGAAGAUCCAGAAUCGGCGAGAGUCACCUCUUCAAAAAUCACCACCACCCUGGGUCUGGUGGUUCACGCUGCAGCUGAUGGAGUGGCACUCGGAGCUGCAGCCUCCACCUCUCAGACCAGCGUUCAGCUCAUUGUUUUUGUAGCGAUCAUGCUCCAUAAGGCACCAGCGGCGUUUGGCCUGGUAUCUUUCCUGAUGCAUGCUGGUCUUGAAAGGAACCGCAUCCGCAAGCAUCUCCUGGUCUUCGCACUGGCGGCACCUGUCCUCGCCAUGCUCACCUUUUUAGGCCUUAGUCAGAGCAGCAAAGAGGCCCUGUCAGACAUCAACGCCACUGGUGUCGCCAUGCUCUUUUCCGCCGGCACGUUCCUCUACGUGGCCACCGUGCACGUCCUCCCUGAGGUCGGCGGCGGUGGCCACAGCCACGCCCCCACAGGAGGGAACGGAGGGAAAGGACUGAGCAAGGUGGAGGUGGGAGCUCUGGUGCUGGGCUGCCUCAUUCCCCUGGUGCUGUCUGUCGGUCACCACCAUUAGACCCUGGACUCUGUGCCGAGUUCAGACGAGUGUACAGGGGAACGAAGCAGGAACAGAGACUUUAAAAAAACCAAGGUGGAUAUAAAUGUCUUAUUGUCUUGUCUGCUGAUGGACCUGAUGGACCAGGUUGGUGCUCACUGCAGGAGAAUCUCAUGACUCCAGUGAACAGUGAAUGAAUGACUUGAGUAAUUGCAGUGAAAACAAAGGCACACAACAAAAACAUUGUUUUAUCUUUUUUUUCCUUUUUUUUUUUGUUGAGGUUAGGUUUGUGUCCUUUAAUGCCACCAGCUGUGUGGAUCUUUUCUCUGCCACGGGAUGGUUUAACUCACUUUCUUUACGCGACUGCGCAGUUUUCGGUGUUGCAUCAUCGUGCUUGUUCCAAGUCCAAAAAAACAGCAAACCCUGUUUUCGGUACAGUGAUGUUCUCCUCGAUGGCUGUUGCACAGUGAGAUUAGAUAGAUUUAGUCGUGAUUAAGCUUGUGAUGUUGAGAAAGCAAACUUUUUAUAACGUGUGUGUGUAACUGUACAGGUCUCUUGGCAACAAUCCGGACUGAUGUUGAGCUCGAUGUUUUCAAGUGCCAUAUUAACAUGUUUGAAGCAGACCCUCAGAUGAAACAGCGCUGUAGAGAUGUCACGGUUUGUAAAAGUGGUUUCUCGGUCCGAUGGGCCGUGAUUAUUAUUCACCCGUUUCUUGUUAAUCCACCUGUUUGUCCUGUUACUGGGUCAGGGCAAAACGCAGACAAAUGCCAGUAUCACAACAUGAUCUGUCGCUUUAAUUUAAACCUGAUAACUUUCUUGGUGUGGUAAUUUCUGUUCUGUUUUCCAUGGAGAAUAAUUGUUCUAAUAAGAACGAGCAGGAAAAACCUGGCCGCGUUCUUAAGCUUAUUUCAAGGUGGAGGGUCGUCUCAGGAGAACCUGAAUGAAUAACUUUGCUCAUCAACGUCAUAAUCUCGUGGGGACCAUUGGCUCAGGCCGACAGAUGCGCUACUCAUUGUUUUUGUGUUCAUUUUAAGUAAAUUUGCUCUGAAAUAAUGAAUUAUAGCUGAGCAAUAAAUGUAAAAACAAGAGUGACCACUGUUUCAGGAGCUCCGCUGCGUCUGAAAUGGUGCAGACGGAGGAUUUACCUUCAUCUUUGAAGCAUUUGUUAUGUGAAGAUCUGAUCAAAGGUCCAGUGUGUAUUAAAAAAAAAACAAAAAAACAACACAUUUAUGACAUCUAGUGGUGAGACUUGAGUUUAUAAUAAAUUGAGGACUCCCUUUCCAGAAGUGCACCAGGGAACUAUGGUGGCCUCGCAAGGCCAGAAGUUCCAUCAUAUUUGUUCUCAAUUACACAUAGCUGCAACGAUUUAACAAUUUCUAAAUCAAUCAACAACUGAUUUAAUUACUGAUUAAUUGGUUUAAGUUUUUUUUUGUUUUUUUUAAUAAUUAGAACAAGUUUCACUUAUUUUUCAGCUUCGUAAACGUGAAUUUUUUUGGUUUCUUUGCUCCAAAUAACAAAAAUCAUUGUAGCCAAACAGACAUUUAAGAACAUCAGCACUUUAAGGUUUCUGACAUUUCAUGGACCAAAUGACUCAUGUUGUCUGUUCUGGCCGCUGUAGAAACAUGGCGGCACAAGAUGGCCGCCUCAUUUGGGGAAACGUGUUUGUGAACAUUUUUUCUCCUGUACAGUUGAUUUAUAAGAGAUAGUGGAUCGUACAUAAAAGCUUUAUUGUAAGCCUCCAAAACCCGAGGAACAUGUAUAUUAAGUAUUAUUCAAUAUCUGCUUAUAAACCCUUCUAAAUGUUACACACUGGACCUUUAAAUCUUUAACAGUCAGUCGAUUGAUGCAUUAAAACCUCAGUAGGCUGCUCCCUCUUCUGUCAGGACAUGUGAUUAUUGUGAGUGUGUAUCACUGUUCCCGCGCUCACGUGUAUGUGUAUGUAACAUGUGCAGUAACAGCGUCAUGAUUUCUUUGAGGUGGAACCGUUAACUUUUAUUUUUAUUUUUUUUUUCACGUAGACACCUGAGGCAACAGAGUCUCUGAUUUAUGUGUACAUUUCAUUCUUUAAUAUGUUGGUUAAUUCCAGUUUCGUUGACGAGAGACAACGCGGCGUGAUGUGUGGUCGGCAGAAAGAGGGCGGGGUCACAUGCAGACCAGCAGCUGAGUGACUCUUAUGUUUUUUAAUGGGUUGAAAUUCAAAAAGGGAAAAAUGUCUCUUGUGUUAUUAGAGGAUUCAUUCUGUGCGGUUUUAUUUGACCCAGCUGAGAAUUUGGUUUGAAUUUAUAUAUGAAAAUAUAACAUUGGUAUAGUUCUCUCAAUACAUGAGCAGGAACCCUUCAUUUUUUUUUUUUUUUUUUUAUUUAAAAGUGAAAAAAAUGAGUUCAUGUCUUACUGCAGGACUAAACACACAGGAUUUAUUUGCCUUUUUAAGCCCUUCAAAUCUUCUUUUUCAGUCUAAAAGGUCAAAUAUUCACAGCUAAAUAAUGAGUUUACCGUUCAAACACACACAAGUCUCUGCAGUGUGAUCAGAUUUGACUGUGGUGGAGUUCUAGUACGCAAACACGAAAUAAAAUGUCUCAUGUUUUCGAAGCAUUAUGUGUUGUAAUAUUACGGUUGCAGUAUGUGUCACUGGUGGGCACGUAACACAAAAAAGAUUGAAGACGUUUCUCGAAGCACAAUUAUUCAGAAAUACUACCCUUAUUCUAGGAAUACAAAGCUCAAUGCGUAUCGGUGAAGUAUUCCUGUACACAUAAAUCAGUGAAUUGUUCGGAAACGUGGGAUCACCAGAUUAAAAUCAACUGUUUUACUCAGAAGUCUACGAUUUUGUAAAAGUACAGUCGGGCAUGUUGCGAGACCUAAAUAAUGUUCUUAAUGUUCGUUUUUCACUGGUUUAAAGGUGCAAAUUCAAACACGUGUUUGCAGUCAAUCUGGACUGUGAUUGGCCAAAAAUACAUUACAUCUGCACGUAGGAAUGUUCAUGCACUUAAAGGUACAGUGUGUAAAAUGUGUUGGUGGAGCUUUAUGUCACAUCUGAAUUGCCCAUGUUUGUCCAUUGUGGGCUACUGUAAAACCAUGGCGGCCUUGGCUAAUAAAGAAACAACAAUUUUAUGCAGUCAGAUGAUUGUAUCCACAUUGUAUAUGAAAAAAUUAGGUAAUUAGUUUUUAAAUUCUGCCAAAGAACAUUUUACACACUAGACCUUUAAAGGUAAAAUCUGUCUGGGCAAAACACUUAAAAUAUUUCUUAAUAUUCAAACAUGUUACACCUCAGACGAACACGUCUGGAAAUGUGAUGAAACGUUUUAGCCGCAGGUGAAAGUUUGUUGGGACUUUAUUUUGACACAGGAACAGGAAGUGAUGGUGAAAAGUUUUUAACUUCGUUCUUGCUCCAGCUCUAGUUUUGGUUGAUGACGUGCGUGUUUUUUUUUGUUUUGUUUAGUUCUUUCUGCCAUUCCACAACGAGUUUGCCUUAUUUCCAUGUUUUCGAUUGUGAAAUUCACUUGUAAAGCGAUGUUUUAUGACGACUAAAUUAAAGAUUUUUUUUAAUGACUAAAA